UUGAGGAAUACAUUGAUCCAGCCAACUUUCAACACACAGUUAAUGCAGUUAAAGCUGUUACAGGCUUUCAGUGUGAGACAAAUAAGAUAGCGGUGCCAACGCUAGCCAACAAACUUGGUCAGAGCCUCAUGAAGGUUGCCGACAUUGUAAGUUGUGAUGCAAGAAUCUGCGGUGACACAACAAAAGUACAAAAAGCAGAGGACUUCAAACACAUCUAUCAGACACGCUGGAGGGAGAUGAUCUCAUGUCAUGCUCACAAUACCCUGGAAGAAAAAAGAUACAACGCUCCACUGAUCUUGCCAUUUGCAGAUGAUGUCAAGAAACUCCAUAUAUAUUUAAAGGAGAAACAGCAAGAAUACUACAGCACACUUUUUAAUGCACCGAACACCAAGACCUGGGCAAAACUGGCUAAAGUCACUCUUGCACAAAUGAUAAUCUUCAACAGAAAAAGGCAAGGGGAAGCCUGUCUGAUGCCAGUACAAUCAUUUGAGUCUCGAGACAAAUCUACUUUAAAUAUUGAUAUUGCUGACUCUCUCUCAGAAGUUGAACAAGCACUAUGCAAGUACUUUAGUCGUGUAGAAAUCCGUGGAAAGCGCGGAAGGAAAAUUGCAGUACUUUUGGCACCGGAAAUGAUCAAAUCCAUGGAGUUGCUGGUUAAAACACGUGAAGUUUGCGGUGUUCUGAAGGAGAACAUCUACAUGUUUGCAAUCCCAGGCUGCGAGACAUCAUUUCGUGGAUCAGACUGCCUGCGCUGCUUUGCCAUGGAGUGUGGUGCUAAAUGUCCAAAAGCCCUAUCGUCCACCAAGUUGCGCAAACACAUCUCUACAAUGUCCAGAGUUCUUAACAUGAACGACACCGAAAUGGACCAACUUGCUGAUUUCCUGGGACAUGAUAUUCGUAUCCACAGGAAAUAUUACAGAUUACCAGAGGGAACACUCCAGCUGGCAAAAAUCACCAAAGUCUUGAUGGCAAUGGAGCAAGGAAGGCUUAACGAAUUCAGAGGGAAAGGUCUUGACCAGAUCAGCAUCAAUCCAACAGAGUGCGUUGAGCCUGAUGCUGGGAUGGAGAGUGAAACAGAACUGUCAGAUCAUUCUCAUGAUGUGACGUCAAGUGAGCCAGCAGGCACUUCAGGAGUGAAUAGCAGCAGGCCAGUAAACACGAAUGAAGGAUCUCCAGAGGGGACACGGGAGGUCAUGAAAGUAACAUCAGUUCCUAGGAAGAGAAAGUGGAGUGAGGUGGAGAUUGCGGCUGUAGAAGAGAAAAUGAUGAAAUUUAUUCACUCGGGAGUUACUCCUGGAAAAGUUGACUGCAUUGCAUGCAUUACAGCAGCCCCCAAAGCCCUCGGUGAACGAGACUGGCAGGCGGUGAAGUAUUAUAUAAAAAACAGAAUCACAGCAUAUGAGAGAAAGACCACUAAAAAGUAAGGUUGAUUUUGGUUGUUGAUUCUGUUUUUGCGUUUUAGUUGAAUUAUAUUGUUUUUUUUUGUCCCUCAAUACCAUAGUUAUAAUGGUAGUAUAAUGUAAAACAUAAUGUAAUUUAAGUUUUGAAAGAGUUUAAAACGGCUCGAUGUUGGUUGUAAAUUUGGUGCUUGGACUUUCUUUGUUUUUAAGUCUGCAGGCAAAAUGCUGUGUCAGGUGAUGAGGAGUUGGUGUAAAUGUUUUUUCUAAUUGCUUAGAUUAGUUUUACUGUACAGUAGCCAUACGACAGAGUGAGUGCCUAUAGUUUUCAAUGCCUUUAUUCAGGCCCCUUUACGUUUCACAUUUUUAAUUGUGUUGUGGAUUUAAUUUUAAAUUGAUUUAUUUUCUGAUGGCACAUUAGACGAAACACAUCAUAAAAAUAUAUGUUGUAAUAUCUGGUGGCAAGCACGGAACCCAUACUGUACUGAUUAAAAUUUGGCUGUAGAUUCAAUUUGUAUCAAGGUCGUUUUUAUUUCUCUUGGAUUUUUUUUAAUGAGUUAAAGAUUAAAUUCUUAGAGCAUUUCAAAACAAGACAAAAAAACUCCAUUCCACUGAUAACGUUCAUAAUUUUAGACAAUUUAAGAAUUGUAGCUCUGAUCUACUAACCUUCCUGAAUGUGUUAUUAUUGGUUAACUACAGGAUACUUAACUUUACCACUAACAUAAUACAUACUUUUAACAGUAAGCUUACCAUGUAUACGUUUAAUUGGUUUGGUAAUUUUAAUUUUUUUUUGUGUGUAUCUACUUGUUGUGUGCUCUGUCAGGUUUAGGGUGGGUGUUUGUAAAAGCACUCUGACAACUUUAUUUUAAAGGGCUUUAUAAAUUAGAUUGACUUUGAUAAGAGCAGCAAAAUCACAUUCAACGUACGUCUCUCAUGGGUCAUAAUAAUCAGUAAAUGUAGCAACUGAAUUGUGUAAGAGUGAGUUAAAUGCAGUAUAUGAUUGUGGCAGUCUUAGUGGACUGAAAUGACUUGCAGUUGAAGAAGUUAAAGUUCAUUUUUGAAGUUAAGCUGAACUAACUUAUUAAACCACCCUAUUUUUAACAAACCAAUAUAACUUCCGGAAAUACCAUUAUGAAUUGGCCAGCUGGCCAUAUUAUGACCUUUCUUUGUCUGUAGAUUACACUGGUUUGUCCCCAGAUUGGACAUCCAUGUGUACUUAUUGAUACACUAGUUGGUC